AUGUCUCGAAUAUGCUCAAAGAGACUUCGUAUUGUACUAGGUAUUCUAUUCGUGAUCUUUUUUUCACAAAUUGUCUUAUAUGCUAUAUUACCUGAGAACAAUAAAACAACACCUAAAACAAUUAUCAAUAAUGAGUUAUGUGUAACUCCAUAUUGUUUUAAAGCAGCAAAGUAUUUAAUUGAAGGCAUCGAUGAAACAGUUGAUCCAUGUGUCGAUUUUAAUCAAUUUGGUUGUGGAACAUAUAUUAAAAAUAAUCGAAUACCUGAUGAUUCAACUACAACUGAUUUCUUGCAAACACAAUUAAGCGAUAAUAUAGUUGAUAUAUUAACAUCGUUGCCACCUAAUGAUACAAACGAACCUAAAGCAAUAAUAAAUGCCCGUAAUUUAUAUCAUUCGUGUAUAAAUGAACAAUAUAUUGAAGAUGAAGGUAUUAGUCUAAUACUUUCAUUGAUUAAUAAUGAAUUUGGUGGUUGGCCUAUUAGACAAAAUUCAUCGGAUGAUUCAACUUUUGAUAUAUCAAAUCUUUUACUUAAAGUACGAAAAUAUCAAAAUAAUAUUGUAUUUGGUAUUGGGACAUCAGUUGAUGAUACAAACUCAACAGAAUAUGUUCUUACAAUCGGCCAAGGUGAUCUUGGAUUAGGUGAACGAGAAUAUUAUAUGAGUGAAUCAAAAAUUACUGUGGCUUAUCGACGAUAUAUGUUUGAUUUAGCAUCAAUAUUAUCAAAUGAUACAUCAACAAUCGAACAAGAUGUGAAUGAUAUAUAUGAAUUUGAAAAACAAAUUGGAAAAUGUUAUCGGACAACUGGUGAACAACAACAAAGACCAAAUGCAAGAAUUCGUACAACUGUUGGAAAACUACGACAACAAUUAAAUACAACUUUUGACUUCACUAAAUAUUUAACUUCAGCUUAUGCAUCAGCUAAUGUAACUCUCAUGGAUAGUGAUAUUGUCAUUGUAGAAGGAAUGGAUUAUUUAUAUAAUGUUUCAUCAAUAAUUGAACAAGUGUCACCACGUAUAUUACAAAAUUAUGUUAUAUGGCGGUUUAUGAUGCAUAUAAUUGACACUUUACCGAAACGAUUUCGAACCAUUAGAGAUAAUUUUGAACAUGUAUUCCAUGGCACUACUGAUGAACAAGCACGUACAGCUAUAUGUGGAAGUUUUGUAAAUGAACACAUGGGGUUUGCUAUAUCAAAACUUUAUAUAAAAAAAUAUUUUGAUGAUAAUAUUCGAAAUCAAGUAUUUGAAAUGGUUACUAAUAUUAUAAAAGCAUUUAUUGAUAUGCUUGAAAAUUCAACAUGGAUGGAUAGUAUGUCAAAGAAUAAAGCCAUAGAAAAAGCUUUAGCUAUUGAUGUACAAAUUGGAUAUCCAGACUAUUUAGCUAGCGAUAAUGUUACACAAUUAGAAAUGCAAUAUGCUGAUUACGUCUUCGGUUCAUCUUUUAUGAAUAACACUUUAAAACUACUUCAAAUAAAAGCCAAAGAAGAAUUUCAACUUCUUCGAAAACAUGUUGAUCGCAAAGCAUGGGAUUAUUCGCCACCGACUACUGUUAAUGCUUGGUAUGGUCCAUCAAAAAAUCAAAUUACUAUUCCAGCUGGUAUUUUACAAAUGCCUUUUUUUCAUAAAGAUGCCCCAAAAUAUCUGAAUUAUGGUGGUAUUGGAGUUGUCAUUGCACAUGAAAUAGCUCAUGGAUUUGAUGAUAGUGGUCGACAGUUUGAUAAAGAUGGAAAUAAAAUUCCAUGGUGGACAGAUGAAACAGUAGAAAAAUUUAUUGAACGUAAAACAUGUAUUGUUGAUCAAUAUAAUAAUUUUACUGUACCGAAUCUUAAUAUCAACGCAAAUGGAGAUAAAACACAAAAUGAAGAUAUCGCUGAUAAUAUUGCAUUACGUGUAGCUUUUUACGCUUAUCAAAAAUCCAUACAAGCUAAUCCAAAUGCUGAUAAAAGACUUCCAGGUCUUUCAAAGUAUUCACCUACACAAAUGUUUUUCAUUAAUUAUGCACAUAUAUGGUGUGAAAAAAUGACUGAUUCAUCUGCACGUGGUCGUGUUGAAUCCAAUGAUCAUUCAUUAGGACAAUUUAGAGUCAAUGGUCCUACAUCAAAUUCUGUUGAAUCUGAUCGAGCAUUCAAUUGUAAACCAGGUCAAGGAAACAGUCGAGUGAAAAAAUGUACUAUGUGGUAA